AUCGGUAGUGUUGAGGUUCCAGGCUUUUCAGCUGAGCGUUCGUCAGUAGCCAAGUGUGUUCAUCGCUGCUUUCAGUUUUCGCGAGCGAUUUGAUUUGAGCGAUCGAUUUCGUUCUGCUCGAUCGUGUGUUUUAGCUCGAGGGUGAGAGAUCGUCGUCAUGGCUUCCCACCAGGACAAGGCUAGCUACCAGGCCGGCGAGACCAAGGCCCGCACCGAGGAGAAGGCUGGGCAGGCGAUGGGGGCGACCAAGGACACGGCGCAGCACGCCAAGGACCGGGCGUCGGACGCGGCGGGGCACGCGGCGGGCAAGGGCCACGACGCCAAGGAGGCGACCAAGCAGAAGGCGUCCGACACCGGCAGCUACCUGGGCCAGAAGACCGACGAGGCCAAGCACAAGGCCGGCGAGACCACCGAGGCCAAGCACAAGGCCGGGGAGACCACCGAGGCCACCAAGCAGAAGACCGCCGAGGCCACCGAGGCCGCCAAGCAGAAGACCGCCGAGGCCCUCGAGGCCGCCAAGCACAAGGCCGGCGAGGCCGGCGAGUACGCCAAGGAGAGCGCCGUCGCCGGCAAGGACAAGGACAAGACCGGCAGCGUCAUCCAGCAGGCCACUGAGCAGGUGAAGAGCGCGGCGGUGGGCGCCAAGGACGCGGUGAUGAGCACGCUGGGGAUGAGCGGGGACAACGAGGGCGGCGCCGGCAACGGCAAGGAGGAGGACCACUCCAUCACCAGGGAUCAGUAGACGCGCGCGAGCUUCCGUCCUCCACUCGAUCGAUCCAUCCCCCGUUUGCUUGUUCAUGAGUCCAGUAUGUAUCUUUCCGGUUCCAUGAUUCCUACGAAUUUGGUACUGUAAGUUUGGCGUUGCUGUAUUUGCGUCGUGAAGUGUCUGUAAACGAGUCGGGUGGGAGCGGGUCUGGCUGGCGAUCUCUGUGCUCGUCGGUCAGGCGUCUCUCAGCCUUGUGGUUCUUUUCUUAUUAUGAUGUAAUAAAGCUGGUACAUCCUCUUAUGUAUAUGAGGAGCGUGUAUGUUCUGUGAUUUUCAGCA